UGACACCCCUUGUUCCGCAGGCGUUACUUCUCUCCGACCUUUGCUGUGCAGUGACUCAGCUCUAUACGUACCUUCCAGCCUUCGCUACCUCACAGAGCCGCCAUGAGCGAAAAGAAGAUAGUGGGGAUCCUGCCCAACAACUAUGUCCAUGUACUGGACCUGACAACCAACAUUACGACACUGGAGGUGGGCCCAGCGAACCUCAUGCUGCGUGACAACCAGAAGUUGGUGGCCGGGCCGCACCCCUUUGUCAAGGUACCCCCAGGCUAUUACUGCAUUGUCAAGAACCCCAUUGACCCAACUAAGCCAUUACAAGAUGGAAAGCUGUUUGAGCCGAGAUUUGGUCAUCAGGAGGUCCGACUGCAUGGAGAGCCCUUCCCGCUCUACCCCGGGGAAAGCCUAGAGGGAGGAACUCUUGCUGACUACAAGGGAGCAGUUCGCCAGCUGCCUGUGUUGAGAGCUUGUCAUGGUCUGCACUUGAGGGCACUGGUGGAUAUAGAGGCUGAUGGAGAGAUGAGGCGAUGUGGUGAUGAAUGGCAGCUCAAGGGACCUGUCACUUAUAUCCCUAAUCCUGAUGUGGAGAUUGUCAGGAACAUGAGUCCCCAGGUGAUUGCGGGUGGCAAUGCUCUGAGGCUGAAAGCCAGACAAGAACUAGUGGACAAGGAUGGUGCUCCACGCUUCACUGGAGAGGAGUGGCUUGUGAGGGAUGUGGGGGCGUACCUGCCUGGUGUCAUGGAAGAGGUGGUUGGUAUGGUCGAUGCUUACACAAUGACUUCUCAAGUAGCACUGCACAUUUUGGCCACUGACAACUUUACUGACCAGUUUGGGGUCAAAAGGCACAUUGGAGACGAGUGGUUGGUCACCAGCGAACAGUGCGAGUCUUAUAUCCCUGACAUCACUGAGGAUAUGAAACGUGUGGUGAACCUGACGGUGCUCAAGUCCCACCAAUAUGCAGUGGUGCUGGACCCAGUGGGACAAGACAAUAAGAACACACUUGGUUGCAGAGAGUUGCGUGUCGGACCAACCACUUUCUUCCUGCACCCAGGUGAGAGACUGGAGACUGGCAUCAAGAACUCUAUGAUCCUCCAAGCUGACGAAGCCGUCGUUGUCACAGCACACGACGAGUUUGUCGACACUCUACCGAAUGGCAAGACUGUUCAGCGUGGCCCUGGUGACAAGUGGAUGAUCCAUGGACCCACUGAGUUCAUACCCAAAACAGAGAUUGGCAAGUUUGAGAGGAGGAAGACGAUCCCCCUCAAUGAGAAUGAGGGAGUGUAUGUACGAGACAUUCAGUCUGGUCAGGUUCGCUGUGUCCAUGGACCUCAGGCGUACAUGAUACAGGCCAAUGAGGAGCUGUAUGAGAAGGAGCUCACCCCACUAGUGGAGGACUUGCUCAGACAUGGUGGUGGUAUUGGAGAUGCCUCCAUUAGAAAGCUCUCCUAUUUUGAUGGCUCUGUUGACCCCAAGUACCAGUCCCGAGACCGUACUCGAGUGAUUACAUACCGUUGUCCUAGCAACACGGCAGUGCAAGUAUACAACUACCUCAAGAAGACGGCUAGAGUUGUGUUUGGUCCUGACCUGGUCAUCCUCGGCCCUCACGAGACAUUCAACGUCCUCUUCCUCAGCGCUGGCAAGCCCAAGAAACAAGGAGCUCUCAUCUCCAUCUGUAUCAUGCUUGGGCCAGACUUUAUCUCAGACACUAUCGUCGUGGAAACAUCGGACCAUGCUCGACUCAAAGUAGCCAUCUCAAUGAACAACGUCUUCAGAUUUGAGAAGGGCAAUGCAGAGUCUGAGGCACAACUGUUCUCUGUGCCUGACUUUAUCGGGUUCGCUUGUCGUGAAGUGGCCAGUAAGAUACGUGCCUCUGUGGCCUCACUACCAUUUGAGCAGUUCCACAAGUACUCGAAUGACAUCAUCCGUGCUGGAGUGUUUGGCAAGAGUGAGGAGGGGGAACUGAAAGAAGAGCUGAUCUUCAAUGCCAAUAACCUGGUGAUCACCAACAUUGAUGUCCAGAGCAUAGAACCAGUGGACCAACACAUGAGAGACAGUCUCAUGAAAUCUGUGCAGAUGGCCAUUGAGAUAUCUACCAACUCUAUUGAGCGGUUUGCCCAGCACGAGGCCAAGAGGACAGAGCAGAAGGCUAGAGGAGAGUUAGAGCGUCAGAAGCUAAAUAAUGAGAAGGAGGCAGAGGAAGCUCGCCACUUGCUGUUGAAGCUACAAGCUGUGGCAUCUGCAGUGGAGUCCUCUGGACAAGCCAAGGCUGAGGCCCAGGCUCAUGCUCAGAGGCUACUCAUUGAGGGACAGAGUGCUAUUGAGUUGGCUGAGUUGAGAGCUGAGGCUGCUCGAGUGGAGAAUGAGGCAGAGUUGAGCUGCCAGUCUCAGGCCAGAGAGGCUGAGGUGUCCUUUAUCAGGGAGCAGAACCAACUGGAGAUAGCCAAGGCCAAGGAACUCAGUGACAUUGAAGUGGGCAAGUUCUCUAAGAUGGUAAGUGCUGUGAGCAAGCAGACCAUUGCCCGCAUUGCCAUGGCUGGCCCAGAGGCUAAGCUCAAGAUGCUACAAGCCCUAGGCAUUCAGAAUGUUCUCAUCACUGAUGGCAAGAGCCCGGUCAACUUGUUCCAGUCCCCUCAAGGCAUCACGCAAAUGCCCGGACACUACUGAGAUAUCGAGAGUAGCCAAUUAUAACGACUUAGGUUUUUUAUCGUGUUUUUUAGUGAUUGACUCUUCAUAAUUAUAACGUUUUAGAUCCUGUUGUGUGAACUCUCACAAUGUUAGAGAUUGUAUAGUCUGAAAUUAUUUUUUUGUUGAUGAUUAAUCAUUGGCGAUGUUGUAUAAUUAUUAUGAGCUGACAA